GACAGGAAACCAGAGCGUGGAGACCUCAUUGAAAUCUUCAGAGAUGGAUAUCAGCACUGGGCGAUUUAUGUUGGAGUUGGAUAUGUGAUUCAUGUGGUCUCAGACUCUGAGCAUGCUGACACUGGAGCCAGCAAGAAGUCAAAAAAAGAUGGUAAUGUCACAGUGAAGAAAGAAAAACUGCAGGAUGUGGUUGGCAAUGAUGAAUACCGUAUCAACAAUCAUCUGGAUGAGAAAUAUAACCCACUUCCCAUUGAAGAAAUUCUACAGGAAGCAGAACAUUUUGUGGGACGGGAGUUUCCAUAUGAUUUGUUAUUAAGAAACUGUGAGCACCUCGCUACACUGUUGAGAUACGGAAGUCAAGUCAAGUCAAGUCACCUUUAUUUAUAUACCGCCUUUAACAAUACAGAAUUGUGACAAGGCGGCUGUACAGUAUUAAAUAGGAAACAGUACAUCAACAAUGCCAAAGGCAACAGUAAACACUCACAUUUUAGGUAAAGGUAGUUAAUCAAAAACAAUAAAAUAAAAUACAAUAUUGUGUUAAGAGAAAGUGUCCCCAAAAAUGCGGAAAGCCGCAUUCCCAGCAGGUACAGCUGUAUGAUAUUGUAUUGUAUAUAAUUAUAUUGUAUUCAUAAAUGUCUCAAAAUCACAGGAUUACAGACUUUAUUAUGCCAAAAUGUUUGAAAUUAAUUUAGUUUACAAUAGCAACAAGUUCUCUCACAGUGACUUAAUAAAAAAAUAAUAAUUUCUGUUUAUUCUUUUAGGUGCAAAAUGCAAGGAACCUUUUUAUUGCUGGUCUCAUUGCUGCAGCGGUUGUCUAUGGAAUACCUGCUAUAGCAAAUUCAAGAAAAAAAGAGAAUCAGGAUCAAUAAACAUGAAAAUGGGAAAUGAAGAAAUAAAAGUACAGUUCUUUAA